ACCCGAGCCCUCCCACCGCGCCGGCUGCCAUGGAGCUGGGACUGCUGCUCCCGCUGCUACUGCUCUGGACUCGGGGGACUCAGGGGUCUGAGCUGGACCCCAAUGGGCAGCACGUCUGUGUGGCCAGCAGCCCCUCUGCUGAGCUGCAGUGCUGCGCAGGCUGGAGGCAGAAGGAUCAAGAAUGCACCAUCCCCAUCUGUGAGGGGCCGGAUGCCUGCCAGAAAGAUGAGGUGUGUGUGAAGCCAGGCCUCUGUCGAUGCAAACCUGGAUUCUUUGGGGCCUACUGCAGCUCCCGCUGCCCGGGCCAGUACUGGGGCCCCGACUGCCGUGAGAACUGCCCCUGCCACCCUCACGGCCAGUGUGAGCCAGCCACGGGCUGUGGCCACUGCAAGCACAAUGAGCCGUGCUCUCCAGACACAGGCAGCUGUGAGUCCUGCGAGCCGGGCUGGAACGGAACCCAGUGCCAACAGCCCUGCCUGCCUGGCACCUUUGGCGAGAGCUGCGGACAGCAGUGCUCUCACUGCCGACGUGGGGAGGUCUGUCAGCCAGAUACUGGCCACUGUCAGCGCUGCGACCCUGGCUGGCUGGGGCCCAGGUGUGAAGACCCCUGCCCCACUGGCACCUUUGGGGAAGACUGCGGCUCUACCUGCCCCACCUGUGUUCAGGGGGCCUGUGACGCUGUGACAGGGGAAUGUGUCUGCAGUGCCGGCUACUGGGGGCCCAGCUGCAACACCUCCUGCCCGGCCGGCUUCCAUGGAAACAACUGCUCAGUUCCCUGUGAAUGCCCAGAGGGACCCUGCCACCCUGUCUCCGGGUCCUGCCAGCCGGGCUCUCGCAGUCGGGACGCCACCCUUAUCGCAAGCAGCCUUGUGCCUCUGCUGCUGCUGUUCCUGGGCCUCGCCUGCUGUGUCUGCUGCUGCUGGGCCACCCGAUCAGACCUCAAGGACAGGCCAGCAAGAGAUAGAGCUACCGUGUCCAGGGUGAAGAUGCAGGUCCGGGGAACACUGACCAGCUUAGGCUCCACACUGCCCUGCGGUUCCCUCAGCUCCCACAAGCUACCCUGGGUGACAGUUUCACAUCACGACCCGGAGGUCCCCUUCAACCACAGCUUCAUCGAGCCACCCUCUGCCGGCUGGGCCUCUGAUGACUCCUUCUCAUCCGAUCCUGAGUCUGCAGAGGCAGACGAAGUUCCUGCCUACUGUGUGCCACCCCACGAAGGGAUGGUCCCUGUGGCCCAGGCAGAGUCGUCAGAGGCCAGCCUGGCUGGAGGUGCUUUCCCGCCCCCUGAGGACGCCUCCACGCCAUUCGCCAUCCCGCGCACCUCCAGUCUAGCUCGGGCCAAGCGGCCAUCGGUCUCCUUUGCUGAAGGUACCAAGUUUGCACCACAGAGUCGCCGAGGCUCAGGGGAGCUCUCCAGCCCGCUCCGAAAGCCCAAGAGGCUCUCCCGGGGGGCACAAUCAGGUCCUGAGGGCCGGGAAGCCGAAGAGUCCACAGGCCUGGAGGAAGCAGAAACAGAUGAGUCCCUUCCUGCGGCUGCCAGUCCAGGAGAUUCAGCCACUGGCCACCGACGGCCCCCACUUGGUGGCCGGACAGUGGCUGAGCACGUGGAAGCCAUUGAGGGCAGUGUCCAGGAGAGCUCAGGCCCUGUGACCACGGUCUACAUGCUGGUGGGGACGCCCCGGGGAUCUGAAGGCCCUGCCCGCUCUGUCUUCCGCCAUUUUGGUGGCUUUCAGAAAGGCCAGGCAGAACCCAAGGUCAAGAGGGCCAUCCCUAAGCCUCCACGCCAGGCCCUGAAUCGGAAAAAGGGCAGCCCUGGCCUGGCCUCUGGCUCUGUCAGCCAGAGCCCCAACUCAGCCCCAAAAGCUGGGCUUCCUGGGGCCAUGGGGCCUAUGGCAGUCAGACCAGAGGAAGUGGCCCGGGGGCUGGGGGCAGGCACGGAGAGUUCAGGGAGGACCCAGGAGCCAAUCUCUGGGGCUGGCUUCCCGAAACAGGAUCCCCAGAAGCAGGCUGAAGAGGAAAGGCAGGAGGAACCUGAGUAUGAGAAUGUUGUACCCAUCUCCAGGCCACCAGAACCCUGAUGACCUUGAAUUUGGGGAGUGAGGAGACUGGAUGGGAUCAGAGCUGCCAUGGACUGGACUGUGCUGUGUGCUGGAAAAUGAUCCCAGGGCCCGGACAGACAGACCAGAGCCUCUGCCCCUCCACAGGGAAAAGGCAAGGCUUCCGGGCCAGGUGGCCCAGGGCCCUGGUGGUGCUCCCGGAUGGGGCCUGGAAGGCCUGGGCAGAGACCCUGCAGGAUGGGGUCAGGAAGGGUUAACUGCAGGGACUUCUCCUGUGCUGUCCUGGACCCUGUGUGCCUCAUAAGAGCUAUUCUUUCUUUCAUGUGAAAAACAUUUUUCUGAAAUGACAACCUACAUGUUUGCUGAUAAAAGAUUGGCUAAACAAAUAUUUCUUUUU